AUGUGGGAGUUACAAAUAGCCGAAGGAGAUGACCCCUAUUUGUAUAGUACUAACAACUUUGUUGGUAGACAAUACUGGAAAUUUAAUCAAGAUGCUGGAACUCCUGACGAGAAAGAAGAAAUUGAAAAGAUUCGCCAAAACUUCAAAGAUAAUAUGAAAAAUGGAGGACAACAUGCCUGUGGCGAUCUCCUGAUGCGGAUGCAGCUUAUGAAGGAAAAUAAAAUCAAUCUUAUGGACAUAGCUCCAAUAAGACUAUGUGAUGAUGAACAUGUCACUUUGGAAGCUGUAACAAUUACAGUGAAGAAAGCGCUCCGACUACAACGUGCAAUCCAAGCAAAAGAUGGUCAUUGGCCUGCGGAAAAUGCUGGCCCCAUGUUCUUCACUCCUCCACUUAUAAUUGGUUUAUACAUAAGUGGUGCCAUUAAUACAAUAUGGAAUGAGGAACACCACAAGGAGAUGAUAAGGUAUUUCUACAAUCAUCAGGUAAGCUAUCAAGUCUAA